AUGUUGGGUCAUGGUGUAAAAUAGUAUUCGUUAGUCCUCGACUUCUUUAGAUCAGGACAUUCGUGUCUUUAGCAUAUCAGCAAUUCUUCAUUAUUAAUUUUCAUCGAUCUUUUUGACGACCAAAACACAAUACAUAUACAACCAACGAUUGUACAUUAUCAUCAUUAACUCCGGACACAGGAUUGUACAUUAUCAUCAUUAACUCCGGACACAGGUUUCCAUAGUUCUUUUCUAUCUAUUGUUUUUCCUGGGCGGUUUCUUUACAAUUUUGUUCAUACUCAAUUCAAUACUUAGCUGAUCCAGUUGUCGUGAUGUGUAUAUGUGUCAUACAAUGAAACGCCAACUUCCCACCAAGCUUGCCUGGUAAACAAAGGAUUGCAUUCACAAGGGUAUAGAUUCCAAUCUUUUUCAACAUACGCGGAAAUAUGACAUUUUUGUUUCCUGUUGAACUUGGCAUAAUGGUUACGAGAAAUGGCUAAUUACUGGUUAGUCAGGUGGAACGUUUUCCUUAUUCCUAGGAUAAAAUUGCCUGCAUAAGAGGAGGUGUACCAUUUGGAGAACAGUGUUGAAUAAUAAUGGGUAUUGUGAUUUUCAUCGGAAUUCUAUAUUUCGGGUGGCUUUAUAAAAGUGCAAUGUGUCGCUAUAUGGAUGAAAAUGUACCCUGCUGCAGUGUGAAUCAGUCGAGAAACGGCGUGGUUGUGAAUUGUCGUUACAUGGAUAAUGGGACUGAAUGUGAGAUUCCCCCCAACGUAACGGACCUAGUCUUUGUCAAGAACAAAUUGUUAACACCAGCGACUUUAGACUUCCUUUGCUUUAAAAAUUUCACGAGAUUGAGUUAUAUAAACGUCUCGGACAACGAUUUAAGGGCAAUUCCCAAAGGAUGCUUUGGAACAUUCCCAGUGCUCCAGACGUUGGAUAUUUCUGGAAACAACAAGUUGGGCUUACAAAACUUAUACAAUGCAUGUGUUGGUUUGAACAACACAAAUAUUACAAUUCUCAAAGCAAACUUCAUUAACAACGUAGACAUUUUACUGCCUGUAUACCAUAACCUAUCAACUUUACUUUCCGACACUUCCCUAAAGGAGAUUUACUUUGAAUAUGAUGAAAUCAGUGUAAUAGAAUCGGGAGUCAUUAAGACUUUACCUAAGUCUCUUGAGAUUCUAUCUGUCAGGGGAAAUCGUCUGAGCUUUAGUAUCAAAUUGUUGGAAUUAAGAUUAAUGACGAAUUUGAAAAAACUGGAUAUAAGUUUCCAAUGCACGCAACUUUUGCGCAGGAAGUAUGCUCCGGCGUGGAAGGAUACCCACAACUGCUCAGUUUUCGGCGUAACGGAAGGAAACGUGUUAAAAGUUCUUCCUCCAAACCUGGAGGAAUUGAUUUCAAUAGAAACUGGUUCUGGAUCGUUCUGUUUCCCAAAACUUAGCCCCAAGAACACGUCUUUAAAAUAUGUGGAUUUAUCUGGUUCAGACUAUUUUUCAUGGGUGGGUCCACUCAACAUCAGCAAGGACUCUAACCAUUUGGAAACACUUAUCCUAUCCAAUAACAAGUGCAGCAAUAUUUCGGACGGGUUCUUUGCGAAUCUAAACCAACUAAAGAAAUUGGAUAUUAGUCAAAAUGUCUUGGGGACAUUUUUCCCUGGGGUGACAGGGGGCAGCGUCUUCAAAGGACUGGUGUCCCUAGAAACUUUAAACAUGGCAGAAAACUUAAUUGACAAUCUUCCAUCCGAUCUGCUGAAGUACCAAUCAAAUCUCAAGAUUCUCGUGGUGAGUUACAAUAACAUGGAGUCAUUGACUCUCAGCGUCAGCCAUAUGAAGAAUUUGCAAUCCAUAGACUGUUCUUACAAUAAGCUUGUUUCCCUUCCAAAAUCUCUGCAGACAGAUCUCGAUGCCAUUGUUCAAGACCACCCGGUGCAUGUUGUUAUGACUAACAACAAAAUUAUCUGUGCUUGUGAUAAUCUAGAAUUCAUUUCCUGGAUGAGUGAAACAAAAGUAAAUUUUUCGAUGCCAUAUAUAAAGUGUUCACAAAGCAACGGGGCUUCUAUUGAUAUUAUGAACGCUUAUGAGGACCUAAAGAUAAGUUGUAAAAGAGCAGGAUGGAUUUCGGCGGCAGCACAAAAUACCGUCAUUGUUGUUACAACAUUCUUUAUCCUAGCUUGUGUGUCCGGCGUUCUGUUGUACAACAAACGUUGGACCAUCACUUAUCGUUGGUACUUGUUUCGAUUACGUCACAAAGGAUAUUCCCCAAUCGAUGGCAAAAAUGACGAAUUUCAAUUCGACGCUUUUCUUUCCUUUGCCGAGGAAGAUUUUGAAUUCGUCAAAGACGUCAUCGAGGAACUCGAAAACCGGUCAGAGGAUAGAUAUCGUCUUUGCUUUCAUCACCGUGAUUUUAUUCCAGGUACAUCGAUUGCAAGCAACAUUGUUUCUGCAAUUCAUCACAGCAGAAAAACAAUCAUUUUCAUGUCACACGCGUUUCUGAAUAGCACGUGGUGUAAAUAUGAACUGCAAAUGUCAAUCACAAAAGAGGUUGAAACGAAUAGUGAUGUCAUUAUCAUGAUCGUUCUUGAUAAUAUACCCAAGAAUAAAAUGUCUCUCGAGGUCUUGAGGUACUACAGAAAAAACUGUUACCUUGAAAAGCCUGAAGGAGCGCAAGAUCGGACUUUACUGUGGAAAACACUGAGAGAGUCAUUGAAAGACGCAUGAAAAAACGUCGAUUAAUCAGUUGCAAAACUUUGCGAUAGCAUCAUUUUACUUAGAAAAUCAUCACCUUUAUAUCAUGAGUCUAUAUUUUCUGCAACAUAACAGUUUUACUAAUCACUAAUAUCAAUUUGAUUUUCAAAACGUAGCUCGCGGGUUUGCUAAUUUUCCUCGCGUAAGCAAAAAGACGUACUUGUGUUGCACAAGUAAAGUUUAGAUUAUCUAUCCAAUGCCAGUAUUUGAUUAAAACAAUCUCCGAUUUAAUUCCAAAGUAAAAAAAAAAAAAAAAAGAACACGUACACAAUUAUUACUAACCAUUUGUUUUAGUACUGUAAAAUAUUAUUCAAAAUCAUAGCAAUCAAUACUCAUUUUCAUUGAUAUGUUGAUUCAAAAUACGUUAUCUUCACCUUUCAAUAUAUCCAUUAGAUUCGAAAUAGAAGACAUCAGGGUCUUUCAUAUCUGCUUCACAUUUCAAUAUUUUAUCAACGGGAAACUAGCAGCACAGCUUUAUGACAAGCGCGAUUACUGCAGCUUCUCCAUCGUCAAAUUUCCAUAUCUGUGCAGUAAUAUUCCAUCAUCACUUGCAUAUAUAUGGUGUUUAAUUAAGUCUCUCAAUACGCAAAAGCAUACUCUGCGUAUGAACAGUUUUUAAACCGAUCCAGGCUAUUGACAAAUAAGUUGAUGUUACAGAGGUGUCAACAGUCUCGUUUAAAACAAGGAUUUCGACAAAAAUUAUGAUCGUUAUAAUGAUCAAAUUUGCAAUUACGAGCCAACACUGGGUUGAAUACUGUCUGAUGUGUUUCAUACUAAUUGUUAGACUGUUCUUUACAUACUGAUUUUGAAAUUGGUCAAGCAUAUGAUAUUUUAGAUCUUAAUUCUUGUUUACAUUUUUUAAUAAUGCAUAUUAAUAUAAACAAUAAAAUGCCUUUCUUUGUUGUUUCAUCGGGUGAUGAAGGUAGCAAUCAUUGCAACAACAAAAAUUGCAUAAGCCGCUUACGAAAGAAAGCAUUCUACUGUUUAACGUAGUUCCACACUCCUGUGACGUCAUAAGAUUUUGCAAAGUCAAUGAUUUACUGACCGGAACACAAAUUUUGCUGGAGUCCUUUUCAAUAGGUAUUGUGAAAAAUCUUGUUAGCCGUAAAAUAUUUCAAAAGUCUUAGUUAUAUUUGAAUAAUCAAUGAUAUGUUUCAAAACAUUGAAUCCAAGGACAAUAGCUCUGUUUUCAGUAAAUUAUUUAUCAAGUCCAUUAUGCCAUAGAUUUCCUUUAUUUUUCACAAACAUUUUACCAAGGUGAUAAGGAAUUAUUUGUGUCUUCUCAUGAAAUUACAUAAAAUUUUAAUCCAUAAGUGAAUUUUAAUAGCUCAACUGUAUGGUGUCAGACUUCGUUUUUUUUUUUUUUAUGGGGGUAUACAUACUCUUUAAGCUGUAGAUUUGAAAUUAUUACGGAAAAGAAUGGAUUUUUUCAUAAAUAACUAUAACAGAUGUACAUCUAAUAUAAACAGUAAAAAUGAUAUGUAAACCAUUCUAUAAAGAAAAUGUGUCCACAUUUGUUUGUUUUUUAAUAUUUUGGAGAAUAACGCUAAUUCAAUAAUUUUGCACAUAUUAUUUUAAAACUUGAUGAACAUUUUGAAAAUGACAUGUGUUUUAGUUAUUGACAUGUUUCCUGAUAAAUAAAUGCAAUUUAAAAAAAUAUUUUGUUGUUUUCAUUUUAAGAUAACAACAUAAAACUGUUUCCGAUGAAUUUCAUAAAAAUCUACAUAGGGGUACGUGACUCCAGCAGUGUCUGUAAUGAAAAUUGAUAUGGAAAUCCUUAACUGUUUUGCCUUUUUUCAUUACUCUGAAUGUUAAUUUAUUGAUUACAAACAAAAAAUGCUACCUAAACCCCAUUUUUUCAUCGAUUUUCUACAAAACGAACUUAAGUACACCAAAAUUCUAAGUACAUAUAAAAAAAAAAAAAACCCAGUUUAUUUCGUUUACUAUAAAGAUUGUCAGAGUCACAUGAAUUGAACACUAUCCGUCUGUUAUCAAAGGUGAAGAUAACGAACAGUGAUCAAUCUCAUAACUUACAAAAGGAAUACAAAAUAGAGAGUUGGACAAACACGGAACCUUGGAUAUACCCAAGGUGGGAGAAGGUGCCUAGGAGGAGUAAGCAUCCCCUGUCAACCGGUCACAUCCAUCGCGAGCCCUAUAUCUUCAUCAAGUAAACGAAGUAAUCCGUAGUCAAAAUCAGUGUGUCAAGCCGGCCUAAGAAUCGGCAUGAAAUUUGACCCAAGGAUAGGUUGUGUUGGCAAACUAGCUCGUUAUAAAGACUAUAGAAUUUGAUAAAUGCUAACUUUAAACGAGACUGUUGAAACCCCUGUAACAUCAACUUGUUUGUCAGUAACCUGUCUCAAUUUAAAAACUCAUCAUAAGCAGAACAAGCUCUUGCGUAUCAAAUCAGUUGAGAGAUAUAAACACCCUAUGAAGGUGAUAAUGAAAUAUUGCUACACGGAUAUGGGAAGUUGACGAUAGAGAACUGACAUCAUCCCGUUUGUCAGACAGUUGAGUUGUUAGUUUGCCGUUAAUAUCAAUUUUCAAUAAAAUACCUAAGUACGAAGAAGAUGUGGAGGACUUUGUGGUGUCUUUUAUUUCGAGUUCACAGGAAUAUAUUGAUCGAAUCGACAACGGAAUAAAAAUGAUUACUGUUCGAUAAAACGUCGUCGAUUUAUAUAUAUAUAUAUAUAUAUAUAUAUAUAUAUAUAUAUAUGACGAGUUUGUUUCUUCUCAAGGGGGCUUUAACGUUUCUUGUUACCUUUUGAUAUUAAAUAGCUGAAUUUCAAUACAGCUUUAUUCUUACAAAACUUUGGUAAUUGAAAAGUGUUAUGUUAAAUUUCCAUUUGUUGUAAAGAUUCAUUUUCCUUUUGUUUUCACAAUAUGAUAACUGUCAAUAUUUGAUGCUGAUAUAUUUAGCUUUGUCUACCUUCAAAAUGAUAACAGCAUGUAUUUUCAUCACGUGUUUUCUGUAGAUCCAAAUUUGAAAAAUAGAGUGUGCACUUAGCCUACCACUGAUU